AUGAAACGCGAGGAGCCGGAGCCGGACGGCGGCGAGUGGGGGAUCAUAGAGACCGCGGCGGCGACGCCGAGCAAGGCGCCGAGGCUCGAGGCGCGCGAUCUCUCCCCUCCUCCCGAGGCGCCGGGCCCCUCCCUCCCACCCGACGGCGCGUUGGGCAGAUCCGACGACCGUCCGCGCGCGCCCGUCGAAGCGCUGGCGUCCUUCGCGUCCACGACGACGACGACGAUGGCGUGCGCGUUCGCGGCGAUCUCCGCGGAGCCGCCGCCGCCGCCCGCGCCGGCGCCCGCGCCGGCGCCGCGAUCGCCGCCGCCGACGGACGACUCGGCCGCGUCGGACGACGCGCGCGCGCCUCCCGCGGCGACGAACGACGCGACGGCGACGGCGACGGCGACGGCGAUGCCACCCCCGUCGCGCGAGCCGUCGCCGGAGCGGCCGCCGGAGCCGCCGUCUUCCCUGAUCGCGCGCGCGGACGUCGAGACGAAGGACGAGGAGGACGCCGCGGCCGCGAAGGCGACUGUCGACGCGCGCGCGGAGAAGGGCGAGGAGGAGCAUCGCGAGGAUCCGCGAGGGAGGGUGCCAGACGUCGCCGAGCGUUCAUCAGUCCCGGCGGCGGCGGCAGCGGCGGAAGAGCCGCCCGCGCAGCCGCCGGCGCCGAUGGACGUCGACGACGAAGAAGAAGAAGAGGAAAAAGAAACCCAUCGAAGAGAAGAAGAGAACCCUUCGGUUCCGCCGCCGGCGGAGGCGACCGCGGAGAAAGAGGAACUGAUCGAAGCGGCGCCGGCGACCUCGCCGGAACCGCCGCGCCCUCCGCCGCUCGUGAACGCCGCCGACGGACAAGGACAACGCCGCUCCACGGAAGACCUCGCCGCGGCGUGGCGCGAGAAAGAGGCGGAAAGACGCGCGCAGUGGAAAGCGGCGCACGACGAGACGCCGUGGGCCAAGUGGAAGCGGGUGCAAAACGAUCCCGAUCCGUUCUGCCGCGACGUCAUCGCUCGCCUCGAACGCGCCGAACGCGAGGAGCCGUACCACCAAGUCGGCGAAAAUUGGCGACGCGCGCCGUGGGACGUGAACCCGUACGAGCCGAUCAGGCCCGGGUUCGUCGUCGCGCGCGACCUGCCCGCGCCGGACUCUCAGAUCGUUCUCGAGAAGCUGCGAACGAACCUGGAGGCGGGUUGGAUGGAUCAGCCGCCGCCGAGGUCGCCGCCGCCGGAUCCGACCGCGAUCGCCGCGGCGAACGCGGCGAUGGACGACGUCCCGUGCCUCGUGUGCGGGAAGACCGACGGCGAGGAUGACUUCGUGUUGUGCGAGACGUGCCCGAAGGGGGGGCACUUUCAGUGCCUCGGGAUGCGAGCCGUCCCGGAGGACGACUGGUACUGUCAGGCGUGCGUCCUCGCGAAGACGAGCGGCGAAGAAGGCGGCGGCGGCGGCGACGCGGCGGAGACGCCGGCGCCGGCGGCGAUCGCGGCGGCGAUCGCGGCGGCGUACGAGCCCCCCGCGCCGCCCGACGUGCGAUGCCGCGCACCGCUGCGGUUAGGCGUCGACGUCGAGGAGCGACCGAUGUGGGGCAUGGAUUGCUACACGCGAACCGCGGUGUUCGCGGCGAUCUCCGGCGCCGCCGCGUUCAAGGGCGACGACGCCGUCGCCGCCGCGCGACGGGAGGCGUUCUUCACUCGUCGGCUGAUGACGACGGUGCACACGAUGGGCGAGGACGGGUGGGACCUCGCGCUCGCCGCGGAGAAGCUCAGAGACGAGGCGAAGGCGGCGAUGGAGAGGGGGGGAGACGCGGAGGGGACGUCGACCGUCGCGCCGCCGCCGCCGCCGACGACGAUCGCCGAACGCGACGUCGUCGACGCGUGCGAGCACAUCCUCCGCGCGAUCAGAGAAGUGGACGAGGCGGGGAUAUCCACGGUCCCGCCGCCGAAGGUCAAGCUGAAGACGGGGCAGGUGAGCGUGUCGGGGUACAUGAUGUACUGCAGAGAGGCGAGGAAGGACCCGUGCCCGAAGUUUCAGGCGUUGUCGGCCAAGGCGAAGUUGAAGGCGAUGGGACGCGCGUGGAAUCGCAUGGACGCGGACGAGAUCGCGCGGUACGAAGCCCUCGCGAAGGAGGAGAAGAUCCUGAAGCAAGCCGAGCGCGCCGCGGAGGAGCUCGCCGCCGCGGAGGCCGCGGAGGCGGCCGCCGCGGAGGAGAAGAAGGCGAAGGCGGCGGCGGAGGAGGAAGCGCCGGCGGCGGCGGCGCCGCCGCCGCCGCCGGCGACGACGCGGCGGCACUUCCGACUUCACCCCAAGGGCGUCGGCGUCGUGUGCAUCCGGCCGGAGGGUCUCCCCGCGGGGACGUACGUCAACGAUUACCUCGGCGAGAUUUACGCGCCGUGGCGGUGGUACGAGCGGCAAGACGCGAUCAAGAAGCGGGAGCCGGGGAAGGAGCUCCCCGAUUUUUUUAACAUCACGUUGGAGCGUCCGGCGGAAGACGCCGCGGGAUACGACACGCUGUUCGUUGAAGCCGCGCAUCGGUGCACGUUCUCGAGCCGGUUGUCGCACUCGUGCGCGCCGAACGUGCACACCGUGGGCGUCGUCGUCGACGCGAGCGAAUCAGGAGGUGACACGUCGGACGAUAAAGCUGCGGAGGAGAAGAAGGCUCGCGAGAGUGACGCGGCGAAGUUGACCAUCGCGCAGUACACGACGCGUCGGGUCGAAUACGGCGAGGAGCUGUGCUGGAACUACUCGUGCGUCACGGAGAGCGAGAAGGAGUACCGCGCCGCGAUCUGUCUGUGCUCCGCGCCGACGUGCAAGGGCGCGUUCUUGGACUACGCCGGCAGCAGCGCGUUCACCGUCGUCAUGGCGCGGCGGCAUAACUUUCUCGACCGGAACGCGAUCCUCAUGCGCGCGUGCUCGGAGCCGGUAACGCCCGCGGACCGCGCGUUACUCGCGGCGAACGGGAUCAAGUCGUCCGCGCUGACGAUGCAUCUCCCCGCGGACGAGCCGCGAGGAGAUGACCGUCCCCCCGGAGCGUCGUAUCAGUCUCAGAAGAAGAAGCCCGCGGUGCCGCGAUACGCCGCGAGCGAUUUCAAAGUCGGGUGCGCGGUGAAAGUGUACUGGCGGAGCGACGACGCGUGGUACGCCGGCGUGAUCCAGGACCAGCAGGGUGCCGAGGGGGGUGCCGAGGAGGGUGCCGUCCUCUCGAAGAUCGUCUACGACGACGGCGACGUGGAGACCUUGGACCUCGUCGGCGGCGCGGAGAAGGUUGUCCUCGUGACGCGCGCGGACGGAGAGCCGACGGGCGACGGCGACGUCGAGUACGACGUCGACGCCGAAGACGACGACGCCGCCGACGCCGCGAACGAAGCGAACGAAGCGAACGACGCCGCCGACGCCGCCGACGACGAAGAGGUCGCCGCCGCCGACGACGAAGAGGUCGCCGCCGCCGACGCCACCGACGCCACCGACGCGAAGACGACGACGACGACGGACGCGGGGAGGACGAUCCCCGUCGAGUGCCCCGAGUGGCUCGUAAAGUGGGCCGCGCUCACGCUCGAAUACGUCGAUCUCGAGAGAGCGCUCCUCCCCGACGCGUUGCUCGAGCAACCGCUCGACGGCAUCGCGUACGACGCCGCGUUCGCGUCCGCGACCGCCGCGGGCGUCGUCGCGACGCGCCUCCAGAACAUCAUCAUCACGCUGGACAAGAUCAAGUACGUGUUGCGGCAGCCCGGGCAGUGCCGCGCGCCGUUCUUGCGGCCGCUGACGGAGGAGGAAGUCGUCGACCAUCUCUGGAGCGGCGAGCACGGCGUCUUAAAACGCGCGGCGGAGGAGGCGACGAUCGCCGCGAAGUGCAAGGGCGCGCUCGCGAAGCGCCAGCGCGACCGCGGCGGCGGCGCGACCGCGGCGCCACCGAAGCCCUCCGUGGACCGCCCGGACGCGGCGUCGUGCGCGGCGCUGCGCGAUUUGCUGGACGGUCCGCGGCCGCGCGACGCGAAGGCGGCGCGCGCGGGUUUGUUGACGGCGUCGAACAUUUUACGCGACGCGCCGAGCGGCGCGCACGCCGCCGCCGCGGACGCGCUGUUCAUGUACGCGCACGUGGAGCACUGGUGCACGCCGGAGAAGUUCAACGGGUUCACAUCCCCGCCCGUGCACUUGGAGCCGCUCCCGCCGGGGGAGCGGCGCGCGAAGCUUCCGAUGUUUUGCAAGGGCGACGCGGCGAACAUCGCGAAGAAGAAGUAUCAGGCGCGUUCUAUCUCACACUGGUCCCCAUACGACCGCGUUGGCGUGCCGCACUUCGCGUGGGGCCAGCUCGUGUCGUGGUUCAAACAGACCGUCUACGACCCCAGCGCGUCGCUCAGCGCGGAGCGACGAGGGACGAUGUCGCUUCCCGACCCGGAGAGCUUCUACGCGUGCGCGCCGGGGGAGUACCGAAAGAGGGAGCGGAAGGCGAUGUUGAAAAGUUUAGAGCGAAAGCCGGACGCCAUGUGGCCGACGACGUGGUCGUUUUCGUUUCGCAACCCGGCCAAGGUGUACGGGUCGCCGUGGCUGGACGACGCGAUCGGCGCGGGGCGCGGGGAGGCGGCGAAGACGCCUGGGCUGCUCAGGGAGCUCGCGAGGCUCGGGGAGGGCGGCGCGCGCGUCGGCGGCGGCGGCGGCGACGGCGGGGAGAAACCGAAGGAGGCGAAGCUUGUCGUGACGUUGCGGAUGUAA